AUGUCCAAGCGACCCUCGUCGCCAGACGAAACAGCGCGCAAGUCUCCCAGGAUCUCUCCAGUUCCUCUGGAUCCAUCAGCUGGGAUGGAGCCCGACCCGUUCUUCCAGGCCGUCAGCGACGCCGUGCAGCUGCUCCAGGACACGGACGAUUCAGCGUGGGCCCGUGCUCUGCAGGCUCCCAGUCGCGCGCUCGCGGGCUUCUAUGAGGUGCUCGAGGCAGCGUUCGAAGGCCUGCUGCCUCACUCUGUCUCCGCAGACGUCGACUACUUCGCUGUGGCGCAGGACGAGGACGUCCGGCGACUGGUUCGCGGGAGUGUGGACGCGAACUCGCUCGAGGCGCUCCGAGCCAAGCUAAGGGGUAUGUCUCUCCCUCGCAGGUCACCGCCGGACCCGGAGAAGGCACAGAAAACGUCUGUUAUCAACGUCGGCGAUGUGCCCUACGGCCAAAGCGGCGUUGAGCAAGCAAUCGCCACGAUACGAAGCUGGAAUAGACCCUUCCAAGGCGAGACCGCGCGCGUCCUGCGCGAGACGCUCUCCAGCUUCCUCGACCCGGGGCGCGACACCUACGCGCGCUACUCCACGCUCGUCAACGCCUCCGGCACGGGCAAGUCGCGGAUCGUCGAUGAGCUGGGCAAGCAGGUGGUCGUCGUGCAGAUGUGCGUGCGCGAGCGGGGCACGACGGGCUUCCCCCCGCACGACAGGGACCUCAUGUUCUGGCUCACGGGGAAGGUGUCGUGCAACGACGGCCGGGCGGAGGGGUUCCUGUAUGCGCUGCUCACUGUUACCGCGGAGCGGCUGAAGAUCGUGGAGAAACACUGCGGUCUGGCCGACCUGCGCAGCGAGGCGAGGGUCAACCAGCUUGCUUCGGCGUUUCGUGAGUGCAUGACGGAAGGGCAGACCUUUGAUGCCGCUAAUAAAUAUCGGCGGGAGUUCUACGGCGAUGUGAUUGCUGUGGCGGAGAAAUUCGCAGACACACGAGACUACGGCAAAACAGUCCCUUCCAGCCAGCCUCGUCAACUCCCAAACAUAUCCAAGGCGGCAGAAAAGCUGAUGAAGGUCGUUUUUGGCGGAUCAACACCUGAAUUACAGCAAGACUUCACCGGCCCUGCUGUAAUCUUCUCCUUCGACGAGGCCCAUGUGCUCACGCAUACUCAGUAUCAUCAACGGACCGGUGGCAAGUGGUCAGUCUUCUCUGAAUUGACGCGCGUACUACGCGCCUUGGAAGGGUACCCCAUCUUCUCGCUCUUUCUGUCCACAACGCCGGGGACAUUUGAAGAGCAUGAACUACUUCCACGAGUCCACAGAUUUGCUUGGAACGUGCCGGAAAAGCGCCAGAUAUUGCCUUCAAUCACUGAAGUUGUAUUUGAUGAUCUCGCUAUACGAGCCAGGGAGGGGGAGUACACUCUGGAACGCGUCACAAGGGAUGAUUUCAUGGGCCAUUUGGGUCGACCUCUAUUCGGCUCCCGCUAUGAUGCUGGCAAUCAGUACGUCAGGCAGGACCUCUUGGAUUUCGCAGCAUUGAAGCUGGUACACUCCAACGUGUGGGGAUACCAGCCGCUAGCCGACGAUGGACUCCUCGCCUGCCUCGCCAUCCGCUUCGCGUUUGAAUUCCGUGCAAAGGGCCCUUACGAGCAGCAGAUCGAGCGCGAGCAGGUGGAAUGCCAUAUGCGGAUAUGCCUUGCCGCGACUCCGGGAUUCCAGACUAUGGUGACGGUCGCAUCGUCGGAGCCGCUCCUUGCUGAAGCUGCGGCUAUACAACUGGGUCGCCGGGUCUACUUCGAGCAGAUGGCGCGCAACUUGGAUGCAUGGGGUGUACACCGAGGAGACCGGGGCGAGCUCGCUGCCAUGCUGCUUCUCAUGAAAGCCCGCGAUAACGUCGUAUAUUGGGGGAAGCCCAGGGUGUUCUCUGUUGUCGAUUUCUUUGGAGCUCUAUUGCCUAGCUCAGCACACCAGAAACUCAAAGAUGCUCUGCCUUCUGUAUCUCGCGAGGGUGAAUGUAAGGCGUUCUCUGAGACGUUCAAGGAUGCUCGCAUGGCGUUCAACCAUUUCAUCAAAGUCCAAGAGUACGAAGUGGUCAACGUACACUAUUUAUGGGCCCUCGUUGUCCGUGGUGCUGCGAUUAUCUGUCCCGACCACCAGCGAAACGUCGAGAUUGUGAUUCCGUUCCUGUUUCAUGACACCACCAUCCAGGCGACAAAUGUCUCUGCUGUCCUGAUAACUGUGAAGAACGAUCACGCUUUCGGCACCGAAGUGUGGGAGCAUCACUUCGCAUGUAUGGAUCCGUUCGAUUUUGAGCUCUUCUCCGAGGACGAAGCGCCGCUGCCUGUCAUCCGCAUGGCCUUCUGUCUUGGGUCUCGGCGAUCAGGGAUCACUAUCGUCGCUCCCUCUCCCGAAAACGAUGGAAGUCCUGAACCACCCUCACAGUACACCGCCUAUGACAUCUGGUGUGCGGGUCUUUCGCCUGAGACUUUCCCGGCCAUUGAGAAGGACGACGUAAAAUUGUGGAAGGACGUCGCAAGGCCCCCCCUCGGUGUGCUCGAGGCACUCGAGAUGAGAGAUGACCGUUAUAUGACGUCGGAAGUGCGGCAGGCCCGGAGCGAUAUGAGGCGUAGGAUGAUGCCCGGAGCAAUGGCGCUGGGACCUCAUUUCAGUGCUUUCAUCAAACUACCCCAAGAAGUGAGUGAAGAUGACUUCUCAGACAAAGAAGAAGUAUGAGGAAGAGGGUGGAAGUGUUAUUAUUCUGUAUCAACGCUGUCAAUGUCGGGUGGAAUCCUGGCUCUUUCUUGUACGUUCAUUUUGUGAUGUAUCACUGUCUUCCAACGCUG